GAGCAGGAGGUUGGACUAGAUGACCUCCUGAGGUCCCUUCCAACCCUGAUAUUCUAUGAUUCUAACUCACUAACAGUGUAGAUAAAUGCAGGAGGUGUUGUGCAUUAAGCAGCAGCACACAUAGCAGUAGAUGUCAGAAGCACUUCUCCUAAAAGAGAGAGGAGGGGAAAUGUUGACCUGGAUUAUCCUUUAUAUGCAUAUUGGAAAAGUGUCAUGGGAUCUUUGAUUUCACCAUGGGCAGAGGUGGGAUGGGAUUACCUUGCUUUAAAUAGCCUAUGAUUUCAGGAAAGAUUUAAUUGCUAUGCUUUCCACUAUGCCUGAAAUACCUUCCAAAUCCUGCAUGCCCUGUAACCUCCCUUUCCUUCAUAUUCCUCCUCACAACUCGCCUAUUCCCACGCUCUCUCCAAAUCUGACUCCUACACCCAUGCUGUCCUUCUAACGUAGGUAGGAUAAUAACAUUUAAAAAGUUGGUAGUGCUGUGACCCAAAGUAUAAAGGAAGCAACCUUAUUAGCUUGCCCUGCGUCGUUUCCCCUUCUAUUAUGUCAUACCAUAUCCAAUUUACAAUUGAAAUAGACUUACUACCGCUAUAUAGCACCUUCCUCACAAUUGACUUCCUUGGAACUGUUUGUGGGGUAAGGCACAAUCUCAUGUGAGUAAGGGUAUCAGAAUCUGACCCUUAGAUUGUAAACUCUUUGCGGCAGGGAUUAUCUCUGAGUUCUCGCUGUAAAUAAUUAUAUACUUAAAUUAAUCCCUAGCACCAGCACUCUACAAUGGGUGAAGAGGGAUAGGAAGGUGUCUCCAUUUUAGCAUUAUGGAGUGUGAGGUCUGCGUGGUUUCCAAAGUCCAGUUUGAAAGGUGACAAUUUACAAUUCACAGUUAUGAGAGCAAAGCAUUUGCACAAGGGAAAGGCAGACAGAACUCUGGUUUUGGUUCUUCUCUUCCACAGGGCUGUACCCAGAGUUCAUUCCAGGUGGGCACAGUGAUCCAGUUCUUCUUUAUGCUUCUUUCCAGGGCCUCCAACCAGAGCCCAUUCCGUGUGGGUCUGGACAUUUAGUUCUGGUUUUGUUCCUCCCCUCCAAGGAGUUGUACUGGAUAUUUGAAAGAUCAUGAAUAAUUAUUGAUAUAAAGUUUGUUUUUGUCUCAUGUUUUGUGAACCUGUCUUUUGAGAGGCUGGGUAAGGAUGGGUGAAAAUUGGAAGAGGAAUCCUGGUCCCUGUCGUUCUCCAAAAGUUUCAUGCAUACAAGUUCCUCCAUCUGCUCAGGAUACCUACUUACUGAAGGACCUGAAGCGAGGCCAGAAAUGCUACCUCUACAGCAUCAUGAGAGUUUAUGACAGCAAACCUCUGAGGGAAAUGCUGUCGCAUCAGUACAUGCUCAAUCUCCAGCGCCAGAAUUUGCUGGGUCAUAUUACUGAGCAUGAAGUCAGGUUUUACACCUCCUUCCUGGAUCAAGCUGAAGAGAGAGACCCAAGAAAGGUCUCAGCUAGAAACAGCACCUAUCUGAAGUCCAGGGUUGGGAGAACUCAGCUGUAGUUCAUCAAUUCUAAGGUCAGAAGACAUCACUGUGAUCAUCUAGUCUGACCUGCUGUAUAACACAGGCCAUAGAACUCCCCCAAAUAAUCCCUGUUUGAACUAGAAUCUCUCUUUUAGGAAAAGAUCCAAUGUUGAUUAUAAAAUUGCCAGUGAUGGAAAUUCCACUAUAUCCCAUAAUAAAUUGUUCCAAUGGU